AUGCCAUUUUCUACUCCGGCACAACCAUCUUGUUCCGCAGCGUCACCGCUGCGUUUGAGAUACAUCGAUGCAUCAACCGCACAAAAGAUCGACGAGGAUCUCAUGUCAGCAUCGGGCGGAUUCUCACUUGAUCAGCUGAUGGAGCUCGCUGGUCUUUCAUGCGCACAAGCGGUGUUCGAGUGCUAUCCACCUACCAAAUACCCCAACGUGCUCGUAGCAUGUGGCCCCGGAAACCAGGGUGGCGAUGGGUUGGUUGCUGCACGACACCUAUACCAUUUUGGCUACGAACCUGUGGUAUGGUAUCCGAAACAGGGCAAGACCGAGCUCUUCUCACGACUCAAGGUGCAACUGCACAACCUUGGACUACCGUUUGUUUCGCAGGACGACUUCCAAGACGCACUUGAAGAGGCCGACGUGGUGCUCGACAGCAUUUUCGGCUUCAACUUCAAAGGCGACGUUCGCGAGCCUUUCAGAGCACCCCUCGAAAUCCUCAAAUACGAAUCACGAAUCGAAUUCGAAGCGAGGAAGAAGAUGCCUCCGAUCGUAUCCGUCGACAUCCCCAGUUCAUGGCACGUAGAGCUCGGUAAUGUCAACAAGGCCUUCACACCAUCCGUGCUAAUCAGCCUCUCAGCACCAAAGUUGGGAGCUCUCGCUUUUGCCGGUCGUCACUUUUUGGGCGGCAGAUUCUUGCCAGAAGAUCUCGAGGCCAAGUUUGAUCUGCAGCUCCCCGAUUACCCAGGAACAGAGCAGGUAAUAGAGAUCACGGGCGCAAAACCGUUGCAGACCCAAGAGGCCGACUUGUGA